AUGUCUAGAGCCUCAGCUAAGCCGCGGGAAACGCGGGAUGAGCCCGGCGCCGGCCAGCUGUGGCUGGCCUGGGGCGAGGACUUGGGGACUUUGCACCGGGAGGUGGAAGCCGGGGCGGAAGAGCUCGGCUUGGAGCUGGGCGCCUACUUGGAUGCCACCAGCUUCUGGGAGACGCCGCGCCGCGCCGCGGCGCUGGCAGCUCAACUUCCCGCGGCGCUGCAGCGGCUGAAAGCCUUCCGGGGCCCCAUGCCGAAGGCCACGGACGAGGUCUUGCGCUGCAAGGGCGCCACCUCCGCAAGGUACCUCCGUCAGCUGAGGCGCUGCGUACUACAGGCUGGCCGCUGUGAAUCUGGCUGGCGCUGGCUGGAUACGGACAAGACCAGCGCCGUCACCGCAGAGACGGAGGCUGCGGCGCGGCGCGCCGUGGGGGCGGUGCUGGAGGCAUUGUUGUGGGUGGCUGCGCAGGAGAAGGCACGGGCCUUUGUGGUGAACCGCCCGCCGGGCCACCACAACAGCUGCGACGAGAAGCUGGAGGCUGUGCAGCGCAACGCGUGGCGCUUCGGGGCCCACGGCGGCUGCAUCUUCAAUGAGCCGACGCCUUGGACCUGGACGUUGGCAAAGGCAACGCCCUUGAAGGUAGAACAAGCUGAUGACACAGACUGUGCGCUCAGUCUCUUGACCUGUGCCAUGGAAGGCCAGGGCGGGGAGGACUUGUUCGUGCCUGCUGCCACCAGCGGAGCGCUGGCGGGCGUCCUGGAAUCGCACAACGUCCUGGCUCAGAGGCUGCUGGAUCUCCAGCAGUCCGUAGACGCCUUGAAGAAGAACCACGAGGAGGCGCAGAGCGCGGCGGCGGAGUGCCGGACCAAAGACGAAGAGCGCCAAGUGGCAGAGGCCCAGCGGGCGGAGGAGGGACAAGCAAAGCUGGAGGAGAAGUUGGCGGGACUGGAGGACUCGACCGCCUCGAACGUCAAAGCCAUCCAACACUCUGUAGAUGAGAUCAGCAACCACCAGGCAGAGCUGAAGAGCCGGGUUUUGCCACAGUGGGAAGCCGAGCUGUCAGUGCAGAUCAAGAAGAUCAGCCAAGAGGUGACAAGCUUUCAGCAAGGCAUAGAUGAGCGCAUGGCUCAACUCGAGGAAGGCCUCAAGAAGCAGCGAGAAGAGUUGCUGGAGGAGUGCGGGGCCAUAGAGCCACGGCUCACACCGCUGAUGGACGCAGCAAAGGAGCGACUCGACGCAGCGGAGGAAAGCCUGAAGCGCUUGGCGGCCGACUUGUCGGAGUUGUCUAGCAAGAGUGACAAGAGCCACAGCGACCUUGAAGCAGAGCUCAAAGCAUCUGCAGAAGCUGCGGAGAACUUUGCCAAGACGCAGGACGAAACAGUGAUGGCUGAGUUUACUGAGACCUUCAGCGGUCGCCUCAUGAAUUUAGAAGGAGCCUUGAGGCAGUCAGAAUAUGAACGCUUGAGCUUUUCUGACCGCACCAACAAGGAACUAGCAGCGUUGUCCCAGCAGCUCACCAGCCUGGAUACAAAAGCCGAGAGCCUGGUAGCGGACUCUGCAGGCAGCCUGCUGGAAGCCCUCGAGUCGAGGAACAAAGACCAGCAGCUGAAGCUGGAAGAGGCGGCGACUUCUCUACAGCUCGGGGUGGACGCCUGCCAGGCGCACUUUGCAGAGCUGGCCACCAGCUCGGAGAGCCAGGGAGUCGAGUCGCAGCGCGCCCAAGCCGAGCUGCAAAGGAAGACGGAGCAGGAGGUCCAAGGCGUGCAGGACGCAGUCCAGACCAUCAAGGCUGAUGUGGAAAGGAGCGUGCAAGGGAUCCGUGCUGAGGAGGGUGAGCGCCUGCGUGGCCUAGAGCAGGAGCUGCGGGAGGAAUUUCGGCAACGGCAGGAGCUGGCCAAGAGAUUGGAGCGGGAGCAGCAGGACCGCCAGGCGGAGCUGGAAAUCUGCACACGGGCCGCGGAGAAACGCGCGGCGGACGUGGAGCUGGUGGCGAACGCCCGCUUCGAGGCCGUGCGCUCAGCGCUCGACGACCUGGUGGUGGAGUUCCAGGGCUUCGUGAAGGCUGACAGCGCCCGGUCCAUGGACGUCACGCGCCUGGAAGCCCUCGUCCGAGCGCUGGAGGUCAGGGUUUGGCCCUGGCGCAACGGCUCCAAGGAGCGCAGCCCAUCGCCCUCUUCGCCACGGAACGGAUGGGAAGCCACAAAGAUUCAAAAUUCGCCAGACUGGCAAGAUUGGUUGAAGAUCAAGAAGCCCUCUACCUCCCGGCCUUCCACCGCCCGUCGCCGUCAAGAGGAGAGCAUUGCCUUCGAGAUGACCGGAUCUCCCGUUGGCCCCGUUGGCCCGGGCAUGGUUGCAGCACGGCUUCGGACGGCUCAGGCUGCACCUAUGUGA